UUUAAUUAUGACGUCACAAGAAACUCGAAACCAAACAGAUAAUUUCAACAUUUCUCUGUUGGCAGUUGGCUGGAUUUCCUGUUCGUGAGUAUUUCACGAAAGUUCAACGAAAAUUUCCAUGUAUUAACCGAAGUUCUGGUUUUAUUCUGAUACUGAAAGAAGAUACCUUAGAAACAACUGGAAUUGAUCGAGUGGCCGAUAUCAGGAAAGAGCAAUUUGCUGAGCGGACAAUAUAAUUUAUUCAAACCGAAAAUACUCAUCCUUCAAAAGGCUUAUCACAAACAGCUAUCAACGGUAAAACCACCGCUUAACCGUCGCACGUAGCCAGUGAAAUUCGUUAGAUCUCACCAGCACGGAGUCUAACUAAAAGCAACCAUGAAUUUCUACCAAACUUUGUGGAUUUUUGUGGUUGUGUUCUUCGUCUUAGCUGAAUACAAUUUCCAGCAUGUAGAAGGAAGUUCUUGUGCCUCGAGAAACUCAUCUUGUGGCGAUUGCGUUGGCCUGAAGGGUAACUGUUACUGGUGUAAAAACAAGAAAAUGUGUGGCAAGUUUAUAAAGAGCGACGGCAAAAAUCAGGCCAACUGUAAAGGCUCGGAUAUGUACUAUAAACAAUGCUAUGUAUCGGGGAAUCUGCUUAUAAUCAUCAUUCCUUGUGUUGUUGGUGGCCUGCUCAUAAUAAUCGGAUGUUGUAUCUACUGCUGUUGCUGUCGAAAAUGCUGCAGUAAAAAGAAGGGCUUGUUUGACAAGGAGGAUAAGAAAUUGAAGAAAGAAAGGAAUGAAAGAAAGCAAGUGCAAGAUCAUCGUAAAGCGGAGAGACAAGCAAGAAAUGAAGAGAUCCGUAUGAAGUACGGCCUCAAACCGGCGAGUGGCGACUCGAGAUACCAACGACUGGACCAGCCUUAAAAUAAAUGAUGUCAUAUACAAUUUCUGAACUUUUUUUUGAGAUUUAUAAUUAAAUAUAUAACAGGGAUGUGUGAGUUUACACAAUUUAUAUGUACAAAUAUUUUUGAACGUAAACACAAAACCGACGAACUCGUUCGUGCGUAUCAGACAACACUUGAGGCAAAAAUUUUAAACUUGUCAUAAUUCCUAUAUAGUCAUAGAUAUAUAAAGAGCAAUGUUGAAAGGUUUGGGAUAACCGCACGGCGUACAUUUGCUGGUUAUUCUGGGCAAGUAAAUGUACGAAUUAAUGCUACUUAUACGAUGUGUUCCCAUCUCGUAUUACAAAACAGAUAUAUGAGACAAUGAGGAAAUAAGACAAAUAUCCGGCUAGUUUCGAUAUUGAAAAUUGAGGUUCUUCUUCCUGUAAAAAAUUUCCGGUUUAGAAACUCAUAACACAAGUUUUAAUACGAAAACGAGGCUAUUUGUUACAUUAAACAAACUGAGACAUUUAUUCAAAGUCAAAGAUAGUUGCCACACUGUGCCUAUGGCUUAUCUCGUUUCACGUUUUCAUGUAUAUUUUAUUUUUAUCGCAUUGUCAUUGAGCCGAACUUCACAAAUAGCAAAUUAAUCGACUGUGGGACGACUUGAAUUGAUAAAAUUAUUACGGCUAAGCUUUUAAUGUCAAUACAAAAAUCUCAAUUAAAUUGUAGUUUCUGGUUGCUGUCAUAUAUCACUUGGAAAUAAUCGUGAAGUCCUCAUUCACUUUCUUUGUGAUAACUUGAGACGCAUUGUAUACGAUAUACAGUUCGGUAAACGAUCACUUCUAAACUUAUCAAGUUAGAAUUAAUCCUUUGUCAAAGGUAGAAAGUGUUCUCAAAAUCUUCUCUUCGCAAAGGAAAGAUUUUUGUGACACGAAUCAAACCUGAAUCUAGAAUAACAGCUGCAAAUUAAAAUGAAUAUGAAAUAUAUAAUCACCCAUUGUCAUUGGUCUCAUUGAGGACUUUCAUAAUUAAUAUAACUAAAAAGAGACGUGUGCGGUCGUGUUAAGCAUGUUUUUGUAAUGUAUAGGAUCCGUUUUCUUUGUAUUUCAAAUUAAUCCGUUUUCUUUGUAUUUCAAAUUAAUGUCAUGAUUUAUGUUACUGACGCAUAUAAUAUACUAGGAGGCACUUAUAAACAAUGCUGAAUAAAUAAAAAUGCGGCAUGGUAGUUCGAAUAUAUUUUAUCAUUUUCGCUUGCUAUAAUGCCCCCUGCAUGGGAAUAUUGUGUUAGAAUUGUGUCUGGUCUAUUGUUGUAUGAACUAUGAGGGUGACGACCCAUUGUUUUGUUUCUAUAGUUUCCAAAAUUAAAUAGUUGCAAUGCGUUUCUUUGUUCUACUCGAGUAAAAACUUCCUUGUUAGAUCCUUGGUCAGUAUCAGUUGGAAACUAAGCAACAUCUGUCUUGUGAUCAAAUACAAUAUACUGUUCUAUUUAGCAUCAAUGCGUGGUC